ACAGUAGGAAAUGUCAAUCCGUACCCGAGUUUGUUUAUUUUGUGCCGAUGACUGUUUCGUUCCUUUGUUUCUCUCGUAAAAAAGUUUUGAUUUCGGCACAAAAGUGAACCAUUUCUAGACGUAAUUAUCGCCACUCCUGCAGCAAAGAAUGGGAGACUACGAUUGGAAUGAACGGAACCGCCAGCAGGUGCUGGAGGGUCGUCAAAUUCUGGAACGCACAUCCGCCAGCCUUGCCCGAUCCAAUCAGAUAGCAAUCGAGACCGAACAGACGGGUCAUGAGGUGAUGUCAGAGCUGGAAGUCCAAAGGGAAUCGUUGCUGCGCAGUCAACGGCGCUUGGAGAACGCCAACGAUGGUCUGUCCAAAUCCAGUGCCAUCCUACGGGCCAUGCACAGGAACGUUUUCUAUAACAAAGUGGUCUUGAUAUUGAUCAUCGUGAUGGAAGCGCUGAUACUGGCCGGUUUACUGUACAUCAAGCUGAGCCACUGAGACCUCGGGUAGGACGAGUAGAAUAAUCUUCAUCAAGUUGAAAAACAUUCCCCUGCCUUGGUAUUAUGCUAUAUGUAUUAAUGGUUACGACAAAUGGCCUGCGGUUCAUCAAGAGGAGAGGAUUGGCAGUUUGAUCAUUCUUGGAUACAAAAUUCGUCAUUGUGGAAUAAAUUGCAUGAUAAAUUCGAUUUAAACUUCAAACUAAAGCGUUUUCGGAGAACUGGGGAUAUUCAACUAAUCAGGUUGAUGUCUUGUGAUCAAUCACAAAUCAAAGUGUUAUAUAAUAAAAAUACAGUUAACUCCAACUUUAAACCUUAAA